AUGGCGCGGGUGAGCAACAGCGUGAUUGGGAUCCUCAACGUCAUCACGCUGUUGGUGUCAAUCCCCGUCCUCGGGGCGGGGAUAUGGCUGUCGACGAGGGUCGGCGGCACCGACUGCGAGAAAUUCUUGGAGAGACCAGCGAUGGCGCUCGGGGCCUUCCUCAUCGUGGUCUCGCUCGCGGGCCUCGUCGGGGCCUGCUGCGGGGUAGCGUGGCUUCUCUGGAUCUAUCUGCUGGUAAUGUUCCUUCUCAUCUUCGUCGUCUUCUGCUUCACCGUCUUCGCCUUCGUCGUCACCAACAAGGGCGCCGGAGAGGUGGUCUCUGGCCGCGGUUACAAGGAGUACCGUCUCGGCGACUACUCCAACUGGCUCCAGAAGCGGGUCAACGGCACCAAGAACUGGGCGAAGAUCAGCAGCUGCCUACAUGAUAGCAAGGUCUGCCGGAGCAUGCAGCAGGGAAACCAGACCAUCGAUCAGUUCAUCCGCCACAACCUCUCCCCCAUCCAGGUUCAUCAUCCCCCACUCCAUGAAUUCUCUCCGUCUUCCUCCCACAAAUCGUCAGCCCAAUGUAGAAUCUUCUUCUUCUGCCCUUGUUCUCUCGCAGAGAAAUCAUCCUUCUCUCUCUCUCUCUCUCGACUGUGUUUUUUAACCCGGCCACAGCCGAUAAGAUAAUGCCGACUUCUGGAUUCCAAUAAAAGAAUAUGCAAGUUUCAACAGAUUAGUCUUACUCACAUUGUGUAUUAUUAUAUAUGAUCUGCGUGUUCUUCCGUGCAUGCUGUGCAGUCCGGGUGCUGCAAGCCUCCCACCGAGUGCGGCUUCGCCUACGAGAGCCCGACCAGCUGGCGGAGCGAGAACCUCACCGCCUCCUCCAACCCCGACUGCCCCGCCUGGAGCAACGACCCGGCGCUGCUCUGCUACGGCUGCCGCUCCUGCAAGGCCGGCGUCCUCGCCAACCUCAAGAGCGACUGGAAGAAGGUCGCCGUCGUCAACAUCGUCUUCCUCGUCCUCCUCCUCCUCGUCUACUCCGUAGGCUGCUGCGCCUUCAGGAACUCUCGCCUCGCGAAGCCCCAAUCGUCGUCUCCCUGA